AUGAGGUCCUUGGUCCUGCUGUUGACCUCUUUGCUGAUUGAACUGUCGCUUUGCCAUGCUAUCAACGACACGGACUACUACUUGCAACAAGGAGAAGCCGCCUUGGCGGAACAACGCGGUGAAGACGAGCUGACUGAGGAAGAACUCCUCGAAAUCCUGGGCAAUAUCACCUUUCCCAGUCGCGAGACUGCCGCCGAGACCUGUGGAAUUGCCGUCAAUGCCAAUCGCGAGGUAUGCAAUGCACUCAUUGCUCCCGUCACUGGCGUGACGCCAUUUUGUGAGUGCUACGAUUUCUGUGGCGGCCAACUCGAACGUUGCUACCCACGAGGAGGAGUGACGAAUGGCUUUGGCUGUCCGGAGGGGAAAGAAGUGGUGGUCGGAUGUUUUGUCAAUUACACGAAACCGGCCUUUUUGGACACGGAACCAGAUCCCUGUCCUAUAGGACACAUUUGCUCGCGAGAUGAUCAAACCAAUUGCGACGCGCUUCGCAAUAUCACCAUUGCAUUGCAAUUGGGAGAUAUUCAUGCAGGAAUCUAUUGUCCAGGAACUAAGGACCGAAACGUUGGAACUGGAUACCAAAACUGCCCGGUAGGGUUCUACUGCCCAAACUCGACGACAACCAUUCCAUGCCCUGAAGGGUACUAUUGUCCACACAAGACGGCCCAACCAGAGAUUUUAUGUGCCACAUGCAAAGAAGGAGUUACCGACCUGUUGCGGGAGCAGUACGGCUAUAUUGUCAUCUUUGUCGCGUUUGGGCUACUUGUGCUAUUAAUGAUAUUCGUGCUAUUCAAGCAACGCAACCAAAAUCUCAUUGACAGACUCUCCGAUUUGCAAGAGUUGAGCUUGUUUUCCGUUCGCAGUGCCAUCAAUUUUCGCAAUCGAAAGAAACAACUCCAAGAGUUGAAACCCAAACUCAAAGUGAUUGAAAAUCGACUCAACAAACUACAAGGCGACUCAAGAAUCAGUGGAAAUAUCAUUUCCACAGAAACCGCCAGUGGAAAUGUCAAGUUUGAUGCACAGCAGUUAUUUGACAUUUUGGAUUCCGACGGAAAUGGCGAGCUCAGCUACCAAGAGUUGAAUGAAGUGCUACAGCUCAAACCGGCUGCACUCCGGGAAUUUGCGGCCCGCAUGAACAAGGCCGGGAAGGAACCUUCGGGAACGACAACCAUCUCCAGAGCUGUCUUUGUCAAGUAUUUCUUGCUGUCUUUGGAAGCAUCCAGCUAUUUCGAACCGACACCGGAAGAAGCGGCUCAGUUGUUUGAUGCGAUUGCGUCUCAAUGCGAAACGGUCGACGGGGAAGUACCGUUUGCACAGUUUUAUCAUUCCGUGUUGAGCGAGUUUUUGACAGAUAAGGAAAUUCAUGAUAUGUUGGCGAGGUUCAAAUCGUUGCAGGCCAUUGAAGACCAAGAAAGCCAACGUGGAGAUGGCAAACAUGAGGCUUCUUCUUAUCGAACAGUUCCCAAUGGUAGCACUCGGAGGCGACCCAGUCACAGCACAAAACGCAAGUCCUUUUUUGGCAACCAAAAGAUCAACACCGUCAGUCGGGAGGAGUUCAUGGCGAGAUAUCCGUCUCUGCUGCUGGAGGUGACCGACAAAAAGGAGGCGGAAGAGGAGCAGGGGCCAAAGGAGGGGAUUGACUUGGCGUUUGAAAACUUAUCGUUGACAGUGAAUGUCAAGAGCAAUCCCUUCAGAGUUGUCAACGAUUGUACUGGAAGGCUGCCAUCCGGCACAAUGACAGCCCUGAUGGGGGGAUCAGGAGCUGGAAAGACGUCCCUGCUCAAUGCCCUUUGUGGCAGAGCUUUCUAUGGAGAGGUAACCGGAACAAUCAAAAUCAAUGGCCAGAACAGCACCAUCGAAGAUCAUGCCAGCAGUGUCGGCUUUGUGCCUCAGGAUGACAUAGUAUUUGCGGAGUUGACCGUCAGAGAAAAUCUCAUCUUUAGCGGGAAGUUCCAGCUUCCCAACGGGACGCCCCUGGAUGAAAUCGAAGACUUGGCCGAUAAAACCAUGGCAGCUUUGGGGCUGUCUCGUGUCAUGAACAGCAUGGUUGGAGAUGUGCGCCGACGAGGAGUCUCUGGCGGAGAGAAGAAACGUGUAAACAUUGGGCUGGAGCUCAUGUCAAGGCCAAAGAUCCUAUUCUUGGACGAACCCACUUCUGGGCUUGAUGCUAGCUCAGCCAUGCUUGUGAUGUCGUCACUGAAGACUCUUGUUGAGGUUGAGGGCGUCACCAUUUGCAGCGUCAUUCAUCAACCGAGAAAGUUCAUUUUUGACCUCUUCGAUGGACUGAUUCUUUUGGGAGUCGGUGGGUACAUAGUAUACCAUGGGAAAGUUGGCAAGGCCGAAAAAUAUUUCAAAAAGCUGAACUAUCAGUUGCCACCAGGUGAGAGCGUCGCAGAUUGGCUGAUUGAUAUCUCCUCAGGACGUAUGGUGCCGCACAUUGCUGACAAGGACGACGCCGAGCAAGAGAACGGCGAAGAACAGCCAACCAAGAAAGAGAAGAAGCGCAAGGACAAACAGGGAAGGGGGACAAGCCGUUCAUCUAGUUUCAGUGAUUCUGAUGAUGACCAUGAUCCACCAGCCAGACGAUCCACUAAGGACAGCGACGAGGAUCCUGAGAUGCUCCUGUCGGCAGCGGAAAAGGAAAAAGCUAGAAGGGAACACCUCUACAGUUGCUGGAGAAAACACUUCGAGAGACUUCCGCAAAAGCAGCGUCAUUUGUACGAUGCCCCGGGCCCAUCUGAUUUCCCGCCGGCGGUGAAGAGACCGGGUUUCUGGAAGCAAAUGAGGUAUCAGAUACAUCGACAAAUAAUUCUUGCCAUCCGAAACUGGUACAUCAAGCUCAUUGACACGGUACUUAUCAUUGGCGGAGUGAUUCUUACUUCCGUUAUGGCCGGGGUUUUGGAACCAACCAUACAUGACGACCUUAGCGGUCUUGACUAUUAUGCGCUCGCUGAGCCAGAGGGAAAAGCAAAGGAUGCUUUGGAACAGUUGAUAAAGCAGUUUCCGGUGCUUUUCAGGUUCGCUCUGCUCGCAAACCAAAAAAUCGUCGGCUACGCAAAUCAGUGUGGCGUAGUUGUGGCCGUCUUGGUUGGCCUGACUGCAACAAAAAUCAUUACGGAAAAGCGCAAUGAGUUCUUCCGCGAGGCUGGGAGUGGGUACAAUAUUAACGCCCAUUUCUGUGCGAUCAACCUGAUAGCUACCCUGGAACACGGCGUUCAAGUGAUGCUGUCAUCAAUGUUUGCGCUGUGGUUGCGCAACUCGAUUGCCAGUUGGUACAUGUACUACGUGAAUUUCUUGGUGCUGUCCUGGCUGUGUGUGUCUUGGGCUCUUGUUUUCCCUUUGCUGGUUGGUCCCUCGAAUGUGGUCUUGGUGACGGGUUUCUACAUGUGUUUCUUUGCUCUCCUGUUCAGCGGGGGUGUCCCCCCUGUGCGCUACCCUCAGCUCUAUAACAGCCCUUUUACUCAGCUGUUCUGCGGCCUCCUCUCUCCAACGAGGUUCUUUGUCGAAGCGAUGGCUGUUACUGAGGGUCGCUGCCUCCCGGCGCAAACUGGGUUUACCAACUUGGGCGAAGCGCUCGUGGAAGUAGAGGAGAUAGGCCGGGUUGCGUCGUUUAAGAUUGUUGGUCAAGGAAUGAAUGAUUUUGGUACCGUCAUCACACGCGAUUGCAAUGGCAAAGAAACCACUCCUGGCUACAUUGGCAAAACGACCAAUGUCGCAGCUAAUCCUCUCAGCUUAUCUCACCGUACUGGUUGGUCUGUUGGCUCUGAGUGCCGCUACACUGUUUUGGACUCCAUCGUACCGAGCCAAUCCGACGAUACUACCCAAUAUGCGAUGAUUUUGCUGCUUGCAAGGAAAGCUGUUGCGCCGAGCACGACCUCAUAA